AUGCCAAAGGCGACAUCUCCUCCAAGUCGGAGCGCCGCUUUGGCGCUGGAGUUCACCGAGGGGCGCCAGACAGCCGCGGUGGCAGCGCCCGAUGGGCCGGCAGCAGUGACGGCGGCCGCCGGCGGCGGCCGCGGGCCAGUGGCGCCAGUAGUGACGGCUGCCGGUGGCGGCGGGCGCGGGGUGGCGCAGGCAUUUGCGGCUUGCUUCCUGCCCGAGGGCUUCCCACACUCUGUGUCGUCAGACUACCUCCCAUACCAGCUGUGGGACAGCAUCCAGGGCCUGUCCAGCUACCUGCGCGGCAUGCUGUCCAGCCAAGCCAUGCUGGCGGGCGUGGGGUUCUUCCUCAAGGACUUCACGGGCAUGCUGGGGGGCAUCCUCUUCGCCUCCACCCAGGGAUCCGGCCUGGACUGUUACGCCAAGCAGUGGCGCCUGCUGGCAGAUGUGAUGAAUGACAUAGGCCUGGCGCUGGAGCUGGCCUCCCCGCUGCUCCCCGGCGCCUUUCUGCUGCUGGCGUGCCUGGGGUCGCUGGCGCGGGCGGUGACCGGGGUGGCGGGCAGCGCGACGCGCAUGGCGCUGACGCAGCACUUUGCGCUGCAGCGCAACGCCGCAGACAUUGCCGCCAAGGAGGGCUCCCAGGAGACGGCGGUGACGCUGGUGGGCAUGGUUCUGGGGAUGGCCUUCAUCCGGGCGGCGCACGGCCUGGAGCCGCUCAUCUGGUCGGCCUUCUGGGCGCUGACCGCGCUGCAUGUGUGGGCCAAUGUGCGCGCCAUGCGCUGCCUGCGCAUCGCCUCCCUCAACCAGGCCCGCCUGGGGCUGCUGCUGCGCCACUACCUCCGCACGGGCGAGGCGCUCACCCCGGGCCAGAUGGCGGCAGAAGAGAGCCUGGUGCCGCCGCCGCUGCAGCUGCUGCUGCGCCGCCUGGGGCUUGGCUUUGGCGGCGUGCCGCUGGUGGCGGUGGCUCCCCGGCUGGCCACACUGCGCCCGGCCAUGCAGCAGCAGCUGGCUGCGCGCAUGCAGGCUGCAGCCGAGGAGGAGGACAAGCGGCGGCGGCGGGGCGGCGCCGCGCAGUAUGUGGCUGCGGCGGCGCCAGGCGGCGGCGGCGCCGGGGCUGGCCCUGAUGCUGUGGCGCUGCUGCGGCAGGGGGCGGGCAUGGGGGACGUGCUGGAGGCUUACUGUGCCUCAUUGAUGCUGGCUUGGGGCGCCCAGCUGUCGGGCCGCGGCCCAUCCAAGCUCUGGCCCGCGCCAGCACAGCUGGCCCUGGCCGACGUCGAGCGCUGGCUGGCGGCGGCGGCGGCGGCGGCGGCGGCGGGGCGCGGCCGAGGCGCCGCCCCUGGCCCGGGCGGCGGCAGCUACGAGGGCUUCCUGGCGUCGCUGGCGGCGGCGGGCUGGGCGCUGGACCGCGUGGCGCUGCUCCAGGGGCCGUCCCGCCUCGCCUGGGGCGCCGACCUGCGCACCGACUGA